AUGAACCACACCACACCGCACCGUGUACACUGCACCACAGUGCACCACACCACACAGGAGGAGGCAACAACUCUCUUCCUCCACACAAAACUACAAGCAUCUAAUAACACAAACACCCUCUCCUCAAAAUUUCAAAAUUGUCAUGGCGACGCCUACACCAGCAUCAUAUUCCGCAUCUGGGGAGGGGACUACAAAUUACACUGCACCACACUCCAUCGCACCGCACCACACCACACCACACCACACCACACCACACCACACUACACCAUACCAUACAACACUGCACCACACCACAAUGCAUCACACUGCACCCACUACACCACAUCACACAUCACCGUACUGCACCACACUACACCACACCACAAUGCACCACACUUAACCCCACCACAUAACACCACACUAAACCAAAAUGCACCACACCAAACUACACAACACCACACUGCACCACACCACUCUGCACCACACUACACCACACUACACCACACCACACUGCACCAUACCACACUGUACCACACCAUAUUGCCCCACACCACACCACAUCACACUGAACUACACCACACCAUAAUGCAACACACCACACCACUAUACAGGAGGAGCACUAAAACUGGAGCGCAGGGCUCCAAGACACAUCCGCACACAUUCAACAUGAAAUACAUCCAAUCUGCUCAGAGAUGCUUCCGACGCAGACCCAUACACCGGCACAACGACACUAUUAUGCCUCAUUCCUCCCAUCAGCUCCUUGAUGACAGUUAUCGCCACAGCCAGCUGACGGCUGCUCCUUUCCAGGAUGCAGCAUACACAUCCCCACACACAAAGCCAAGCAAACACACGAGACCUUCACAAAACUACAGACCCCGGCUCCAAUGUGCCACUGGACCAGCCCUAAUGGUCCCAGCAACUGCUCCUAUGAUUGUUGCAGCAGCUGCCAGCGCGUGUGGCUCACCAAGUGAGCAAACACCUACCGUGUCUGGUCCUGGCAGGGGGGCAGCCUGCUCCCCGCCUCCGAUACAUCCCCCAGGGGAGGAAACUCCGACCUCCCCAGCAUAG